UGCUUCAUAUGAAGUGAUCAAUUAACGUCUCUCAUCGUUACGGUUUUCGGAUCGUCAUUAAGCGGACGAUCCUGAAAAUUAGUACAGCCAUAAUUAAAUACGACUGCUUUUUUCGACGCUCCUAAAUAUUUAACGACCAUCCGGCGUUAUCAAUUCCAUCACGGGCACAGCUUCGUUCAAAAUGAAUUUCUGCGACAAAAUGACUUCAAACUUACGUUCAAUUAUCCACGGUAUAUUAAUUCCACUUGUUUCACGUUUGGCGUGCCAAGGAAGACUGAAUAUUUUCGAGAAAUAUCGAUUCUCUCCAGUUCGGUCGACGUGGAGGAAAACGUGAGAAUAAAACAAUAAACACAGGCAUCGAAUGAAAGUUCUCAAAAAGAUGUCCCCCCUCCGUUCAACCCUGUAAUUACCGUAAUAGCUGUGCAUAUAUCAUCGCCGCGAGGUAUAUCGAUCUUCCGUCUUGGCCGUAAAACAUGAAUAACUAAGUUUGUAAUUGCAGAUUGCGUCAGUCAUAAUUCCUUACUUCUGGGAAUUUGUUUUAUAUUGUGUUAAAAAGUAUGAUAUUACUGAAGGGGUUGCAUGAAAUAGUGAGACCUAAAAGUACAAGCAGGAAUUUAGCCAGUCACGUUUGAACCAUCGUUCGCGAUGUCCGCAUGUGAUGUACAUUACAAGUUCAGUGUACGCCUGAUGAGAAUUUUAGGACUCUGGCCGUACGAUAGUGAGAGCACACGUCGAAUCAGGGCUACCCUCGUGAACAUCUUCUGCCCCCUUAUGACAAUUGUCCAGAUCACACCUUUCAUAACAGGCGACCUUGAUUUGAUGCUGUUACUCCAGGCCCUGUCUAUUAUAAUAAUUUCACUGGGCUCUGUGGUAAAGUUCAACGUUUUCUUGUUCAUGACUAGUGCGAUUAAGCAACUAAUGGCGUCCAUACAGGCUAAAUGGAAUACAACACACAAAGACACGCUCGAAAUUUUAGAGAGGCGGGCCAUUCUAGGGAAGCAACAAGGAGCCAUUUAUGCGAUAUUUAUGUACCCGUCAGCACUACUUGUGAUAUUAUACCGCGUCUCAUCUUAUAUUAUGAUCGUAGCAACACCCGCGAACUCGACUGAAAUAAUCCCUUUCCCGAUAGUGACGGAUUAUUUAGUCGACGAAGAUAAAUAUCUCUUUUAUAUAGUAAUUCAACAAUGUAUAUCGUUCUCCUUGAUCACAACUAUAUAUGUGGCUACGGAGACCCUGUUCAUUAUGUGGCUGCAGCACAGUAUCAGCCUGUACGAAAUCGUCUGUUACAAUAUCGAGAAAGGAAUUGCCGCGGCGCCGUCAUAUAUUUCGGAGAAGCUUAUGAACACCUACAGAAGCGACUAUAUAGCAAAAGCAGUUAAUUACCACGCGGAUGCAAAAGCAUAUUCCACCCCUUGGUACAACACGUCGGUUUUCACUCAGAAACAACUGUUACUUAUCAUAACAAGGUGCAACGAGGUGCUUAUAUUCGAUUUGUAUGGUUUUUUUAACGCGUCGAUCGAAGGUUUCUCGGGGUUGGUCAGAUGCACAAUGUCUUACUUCAUGAUGAUGACAUCCAUGCAAUGAAAAGCCUAAUCCAGAGAUAUCGGGAGACAAGUAGUGAACCGUUAGAUCUUGCGUAGUUCAUGCAGCAAAGGAAUAGAAUAUAACGCGUGUAUGCGUUGCCUAUUGUGAAAUAACUGCUGACUUCUGUUUCCCUGCGGGAAGAUUCUGAUCGUUUGACAACAAGUUUGAACUUACAUAGCAACCAGACGAAACAUGUGUAAUCAUUUUUAUACGGUGUCAACUGAAUGCACAAAAUGCUAGCUGAACUAGAUAAAUUAUUUUUAGUAUUUUACAAA